AUGGCAAGUUCUAGCGACAGUUACCAGAAAGCCAAGACUGAAUCCUUUAUCAACAAGGAGAAAGAAACUAGAAAGGAGCUUGAGAGGCUGAGGCAGUACAGUGACGCUGAAGCUCUCAGCGCCUCAAACAUUGCCACUCAGGUGGGCAAUGACAUCAAGAGGAAGAAGAAGAAAGAUCUUCAGAGAGAUUACGAGGAGCUGAAAGUGGCAUACGCCAUAUGCCAGGACAGGUUUACGGGUGAGCUCAACACGGAGAGGAACAAGAUCAGCGCUCUCCAAGAAGAACUGGAGAAGCUCAGAGCUUCACACCAUGAGCUCAGCGUUAAAAAUCAAAAGGAUGCCCUCGCUCUCAAACAACAGGUGGAAAGUCUUCACAGUGAGCAUGAGACGGAAAACAAGUCUCAUGGCGACACUGUGGUGCAUUACCUCCAGCUGAUCGACACCCUGAAGGCGGAAAAAGACGCCCUUCAGCAUGAGCUACAGACUGAAAAGCUGGCUCAUGCAGACAGGAUUGAAAAAGAUCUCCAGCUGAUCGACACCCUUCAGUGUGAGCUGGAGAAUGAAAAGCUCACUCAUGCGGACAGGAUGGAAAAAGAUCUCCAGCUGAUCGAGGCCUUGAGGACGGACAAAGACGCCCUUCAGCGUGAGAUAGAGACUGAAAAGCUCGCUCAUGCGGACAGGGUGGAGCAAGAUCUCAGGCAGAUCGAGACUUUAAGGACUGAGAAAGACAGCCUUAGUCAAAAGAUGGCAGAGGAGAUGAUGAGCAUUCAGAAAGAAGCUGACCACAAGGUCAUGGUCUAUGAGGGAAUACUGGAGCAGCUGGAAACCAUGCUCGACAUGCAGGUCACACUCAACAACCAGCUCUUAGCUAAGCUCAAUGCUGAGGAAGUCACCAACAGUGAAGAGCAUGAUGACCCUGAGGAACAGCAUGAGGAUGGACAAUGUGAGGACCAGGACUCUCUCCCUGGUGCCUUGCACGAUGAACUGACAGAGAAUGCUGUGGUUUCUGAACAGAUCGUCACAGGGACAACUAAACCAAAGUCUCGGUGGAAAAGAUUUCGCCACUUUCUGGGGUUGAGGAAACCACAGAAGUGGAAGAAAUAAACCCAGCUUCUCCCAACAGCAGAUAUUUACAUUUGAACAACUGGACAAGUAAUCUGCUGUUAAAACCUUCUAAACAA